AUGUAUGCCGAUUGUUGUCACUAUUCUUCAUUUUUUCCUGCGGUCUUAGCGAAGAUAGGGCAAGAUCGUGGGCGGCAAGACGGUGUGUUUGUUUUAUCGCACAGUGCGUUGCUGGGGGGAAGGCGAAAGGCAUUGCGCCAGGUUAUUGCAUCAGCGGUUUGGCUUCCAGACGGCUGCUGCUGGCGAUCGGCGAUGCUGCACUAUGGGAGCAUGCUGCUGAUGCGUCCUGGCUGUGCUUGCUCCAAUGGCCGUCCCUUCAAUUUGGGUUUGUGCAUUGCGGCAUUUUUCAUGCAGACAUGA